CUUCUAUAAGACACCUGGUAGUUUCUAGUCUGAAUAGUUUCUUUCUUUCAAAUAACAUCAAUUCUUCCUUUUCUAAUUAUUUUACAUCAAAAAAUCUAAAUGACUUUCUAUUUUAUGUCAUAUACUGCAGGUUAUCUCUGGUGGCGUUGCAUCAAAUAAAUAUGUUCGAUCUCGGCUUGAUAUGGUUGUGAAGAAGAAUGGCUUGCAACUUGUAUGCCCUCCUCCCCGGCCUUGUACUGACAAUGGUGUAAUGGUAGCUUGGACUGGCAUUGAACACUUCCGCAUGGGAAGAUAUGACCCUCCUCUGCCUGCAGAAGAACCAGAAGACUUCGUGUAUGAUUUGCGGCCGAGGUGGCCGCUGGGGGAAGAAUAUGCCAAAGGAAGAAGUGAAGCAUGCUCGAUAAGAAGGGUCGUCUUCAUCCAUCUCUUGCGUCUAUAAUUGAAGCAUCAUCACAGCAGGGACAUUGCAUGUACUUCCAUGUUGCUUCAGCUUCUUCAU